AUUUUAUAAUUUAUUUUAGUUUUUACAAUUAAAGAAUAAAGACUGCGCGCUUCAAUAUAAUAUCUUAGUUUGUGGUUUUAUCUUUCAAUGGUUUCAACUACAUUAAAACAAACAUUUUUUCGUAUUUUUAAUUUAUAAUUGUUAUUUUUUAUAAUAUAGAUGUUUGGAAUAAAACAAUAGUCAAUAUGGAUUAUAAUAAUAUUGAUGAUGACGAUGUGGAAUCUUUACGGUUAGCAGCACUUAUGACUUGUAAAAGAAAAUCUAAAAACCAAAAAAAUACAAAUAAUAUUUUACCAACAAAUAGCAGUGCCUACAGUAAUAUUUCUAAUAGAAAUAAUAGAAGUAGAUUUUGUUCAUCUAAUAGACCAUAUAAAAGUACUUAUAUAAAUGAUGGUUCUCUUAGAGCAGCUCAUUCCAACAACAAUUUAAUUGCUAUUAUACCAACUGAUAAUGAAGGGGAUUCUCUUCCAGAAAAUUAUCAUUGUAAAAUUAAGGAGGAUAAUAAAAUAUGUACAAAAGUAUCGGGUGGUACAGAAACAAAUGAUGCAAAUAAUUGUGAAAAAACAAAAGAGAAAGUAUCUACUAAAUUUAGUAGAUUGGAGAAUGAAUCUGGCUCUGAUGAAAGCAGUGGGGGUAGUGCAGAAAAAGAAGAUAAUGUUGAUUCAGAUGACGGGGAUGUAUUAUUAUUAGGUCAACAAGAUGAAGACUUAGAUGAUCUAGAUAAGUUAAUGGACAUAAUGGAAGCUGAAAUCGCUUGUGAAGUGGCUAAACCUUCCAAGAAAGAAAAUAAAAAAUUAAAACAAUGUACUAAAUCAAAGAAAGAAAAAUCCUUUGAAGCCGAAAGCAACUUCAAAAAUAUUUUUAAAGGUGAAAACCAAAAAACUGUUCAUUCAAAGGACAGUGAUGAUUAUAAAAUGCUACCAAAAGCACAUCUUCCUUCCAAAUCUCCAACGCCUCUUAUAAAAAAAUCUAUUUCUCCUUACAAUGAACUUUGCAAAGGAUCACUACCACCAAAAUCACUCCGUAGAAAGUCUUCUACUCCAGAUAAUUAUAGAUAUUCACCAGUUAGGUCUAAAAACUAUCUUGGAUCUUUAAAAUCUAGAAGAUCACAAGAAAGAUUGUCACUUUUGAGAGAAAAAAAUCUUUCUCCAAAAAGAUAUUCACCGGCGAAAUCUCAUACACAUCAUUCACCGUCUUCAAGAAGAAGACGUAGAUCAUUGUCUAAGGAUACUGAUAAAACAAGUAGACUGCUUUCUCCUUUAAAAAAGAGAAGAAGCAGAUCACCGAUUCAAUCAAAAUCAAGAUCACCUAUUCGAUCAAAAUCAAGAUCACCUAAAAGUAGAAAGCUCUUUGGGAAACAAUCAUCUAGUCUAUUAAAGAAAUCAAGACCUGUAUCCCCUGCAUAUCGAAGCAAAGAUACUAAGUUAUUAGAUAAUGAACACUUAAUAACUAAAGAAAAAAUAAAACUUAUUGAUAAAGACGCUGAAAUUAAAUUGUUAGACCCUGUAUUAGAAGCAAGAAAAAGAAAAUUUGAAUCCAAUAAAUCUAUUGAACCAACAAGCAAAAAAAUAAUAUUAAAAAAAUCUAACUCUGUUCAAGUUCCUAUUCAAACCGAAAAAGUUGUACCAGAAAUUACAAAUAAAGUUUUACAAGUACCAAAAAAAUUUAACUCUCCUCAAAUGCAUCAAGCAUUGAACAAUUUCAGUAUAAAAAUAAAAAAUGAUUCUAAAUCUGAUGUUACUUGUCGGAUUGUAAAAUUGAAUUCAAUUUCUGGAAAAACAAUCAAACAACCACGACCAAGAAUUGUUUUUGGUCAAGAAAAAAUUAUUAAACAACAAAUGGGAAAAGGUACAUUUAAACUAUCUAGUGCUCCUGAAGAAGUUAAAGAACAAGAUAGUAUUGAAGAAGAGGAUGUAUCUCAAGGAAAUGAAUAUCUGGAAGAAUAUGAAAAAGUAGAAGAAACUAGUGAUAGUUGCAUUGAAAUAACAGAUGAGGAAGAAGAAGGUGAAAUUAAUCAUGAAGUACAAAAAGUUGUGGCAAAAAAAAAAGAAUUGGUAAAAGAGGAUAAACAGUCUUCAUCAUCUGUUGAUUUAAGAAUAGAAUUAAAAAGAAGGCGAGCACUUCGUAUGAACACAGUUCAAAUUGAAGUAAAAAAUAAACCUAGUACGUUCUAUCCUGCUCGUAUAUUGCAGUCUGCAAUCAGAAGUGUUGUUAGUUCAAGUUCUUUGGAAGGAAAACACAGAAAUAAUACAGAAUUAUCAGAAAACGACAAUACAGAAGUAUAUUACAAAUUGAAAAACUGCCCAAUUCGAUUACAGACAACUAGUGUUAUCAAAAAUGAGGAAUUAAGAAAGAAAAAAAAAUAUAACGUAAAUGUUAUAAAUUUCAAUCAGAUGUAGGUAUUCAAAACCAUAAUCAACUUCAAAAUUGCAGCCGUUAUAAAAAAAAAAGAACACAAAUACUUUUAACUUGGAAGACCAUCAACUUGUAGUCAUGCGUAUAAUUUAUUUUAUAUAUUAAUUGGUCAUUGUAAUUUAUUUAUAAAUAUAUAAUAUUUUUAGAUGCGAAAUUCGAUUAUAAAUAUUUUCAAUGUUAUCCUGUUUUAUUCUACAUUUAGAAUAAAUAACAAAAUCUGUUCAAAUUAUGAUAAG